ACUGCAUAUCGAUGUGUUUGGAUCCCUUGUUUCUCGAUGUGCAUCUCGCCUCCCCACGUCCCCAAUAGAUGGUGCAAGUCAAAAUGUCCAAAUCUCCAGUAGACCCUGUAACUGGUGCUGAGACUACCGGCCCCCAGUCCCACAAUUUCCAGAUACCCAGAAAGUUACCUAAAAGGAAGAGUCGUUUCAAACGUUCAGAUGGCAGCACGUCUUCUGACACCACCUCCAGCUUCAUCAAACGCCAGGGCUCGGCGGAUUCAUACACCAGCAGGCCGUCUGAUUCAGAGCUGUCAGCGGAGGAGGACCGCGAGGCGUAUCGGCGCGAGGCCGAGCGCCAGGCUCAGCAGCAGCUCGACCGAGCCAAGUCCAAACCUGUAGCGUUUGCAGUGAAGACUAAUGUGAGCUACUGUGGAGUGCUGGAUGAGGAUUGUCCUGUCCAAGGGGCUGGGGUCAAUUUCGAUGCCAGGGACUUCCUGCACAUCAAAGAGAAGUACAACAAUGACUGGUGGAUCGGCCGCCUGGUCAAAGAGGGUGCGGACAUCGCGUUCAUCCCUAGUCCUCUACGACUGGAGGCCAUGAGACUCAAGCAGGAACAGAAACAACGGAAAUCAGGGGGUAAUUCUUCUAGUCUAGGAGACAUGGUUACAGGAAACUGGAGAACAACACCGCCAUCUGCAGGGGAAUCUAAACAGAAGCAAAAGCAGGAACACGUGCCGCCCUACGAUGUCGUGCCCUCCAUGAGGCCUGUGAUCCUGGUGGGACCCUCGCUGAAGGGCUACGAGGUGACCGACAUGAUGCAGAAAGCCCUCUUUGAUUUCCUCAAGCACAGAUUCGAGGGAAGAAUCUCUAUCACGCGUGUGACCGCCGACCUGUCUCUGGCCAAGAGAUCCGUCCUGAACAAAAGACCCAUCAUGGAACGAACCAACACGCGCUCCAACCUAGCUGAAGUCCAAAGUGAGAUCGAGAGGAUCUUUGAGCUGGCCAAGACGCUGCAGCUGGUGGUGCUGGAUGCGGACACCAUCAACCAUCCCGCCCAGCUGGCCAAGACCUCCCUAGCCCCCAUCAUCGUCUACGUUAAAGUCUCCUCGCCAAAGGUGCUCCAGAGGCUGGUCAAGUCCAGAGGGAAGUCCCAGAGUAAACACUUGAAUGUGCAGAUGAUGGCUGCGGACAAACUCUCUCAGUGCCCCCCUGAAAUGUUUGACGCCAUUCUGGAUGAGAACCAAUUGGAAGAUGCGUGCGAGCAUCUAGCUGAAUACCUGGAGGUCUACUGGCGUGCUACUCAUCUCCCUGGAACCAGCCCCCUCAACCCCCUAUUGGAGCAGAGUCUGAUGAUCCCGCCCUCCGCCAUUUCCAGCCUACAGAACCAGAACAAGAACCAGCCGCUGCCUCACGUGGGGGUGGGGCUGGAGGCGGAGCUUGUGGACGAGGUGAACUCCCCCCUGGAGCAGGACAGUCUGAUGCCGUCCGACGAGGCCAGCGACUCUCUGUCCCGUGGGCACAGGGGCAGCCCGGGCCUCCGGGGGGAGGAGGAGGAGGAGGAGGAGGAGGAGGAGGAAGAGGAGGAGGAAGAGGAGGAGGAGUUUGAAUCCCCGUGCCACGCCCACACAUACAGGGACAUGUACCCUCCCCGUCGCGGGCACACGGGCAACGCCCACAGUGCCAACGGACACGAGGCGCAGGACCGGCUGCUGCUGCAGCAACGGGACGCCGCGCAGAGGGGCCACAACCAGCGAAACGACCGGCAGCACAGCCGCCCCUGGCCCCGAGACAACUACUGACACCCCCAGGGAGGGCCCCGCCCGCCCCCAGAUGAGUCCAGCACUCACCCUGACCCAAAGCCUCCCCAGGCCUUGAUCCCUGACCCAAGGCCUCCGUGUUAACCUAACGAAUGUGGGAUCUGAGGCCCGUAGUCCUUAGGUUACAAAACAACCGGCUUAGGCCCUACUCUACCUGGAAGGGUAAAAGUACACCCAGAACCAGGCCCUGAUACCUGAGAAACAAACCCCCUCUACACACAGCUGCCCGGUGUCUGAUUCUGAGCAGGAUUGGCGUUGAUGCUUAACAAACAUGAUGUUUUGAUCCCCCAUUCUCGAUCUGUGUUGAUACUGUGGGAGUCCUGGGGCCCUUAAGCGGUCUCCUUCAGACAGUGUGAAGGGCCAAGGAAGGGGGUCAGGGUGUCUGGUCUCGACUCAUGUCUCCCUCCUGUAGAAUGUCUCAUAAUACACAGGCCUUAAGAUUCGCAAGACAUCGAUGUAUCUUUACUAUUGCAUGUAUGAAUAUGGUUAAUUUUAAGAACUAUUUGCACAUUGUCAGAAGAAUAGGAAGCGAAUGAUCUAUUUGGCUGGACAAAACACAAGUUAAUGUCCACCGUUGACCCCGUUAUAGGCAACAACGGUAGUGCAUUUCAAAAUGGUGUACAUACAGGAAUGGGAGCUUGGUUUUGUUUAAUUGCUAUUUUAUUCAUCUGUUUUUCGAUGGAUUUGAUCCACACGAGACAGUUCAUCGUUCCAUAGUUUCAUGCAGGACAGAGCCUCAUUCUGGAGUUGGUUCAGUGUUUUGCAUAGAGAUAUACUGUUUGAAGCUGCAGUACACUGCCGGUGUCACACACAUCCAGAUCAUUGCUUGUCUCUGCUAUGGCUCACGUAUCAUUCUUUAAUAUAACGCAACGGCGCAAGAAAAAAGAAUGUAACCACCUACCGAGAAGGGAGUAUUGUUUAUCAAUGAGCAUAAUGAUUUUCAAAACGACCUGUUUACACAAACUUGCUAUGGUUACUCGUGAAUAUUUGCACUACAUCACAUCUUCACAAAUCCAGGCACAUCACAAAGCGAAUGUAAGACUGCAUGACUUUGCACCUCCACCACUCCAACCACUACCACCUGUUGUCGCCAGGGCAACGGAUUGUCUCGUGUGUAGAUUGUUGUGACAAAUCACUGAUUGUAGCAUCCAUGUCCCGGAACUGUGUUGUCAGCACGACUCACCAGCGCAACUCUCCCCACCUCCCAACAUGCGCUGCAUGUCCGUCUCAUGCCGCAUCACACACGCGUGUACUGCAGUUUUACACAAAAGUAUACAAGUGAUCCGAGUUUCACUGAGGCACGCACACUAGAGGGAGUCCCUAUGAAGUUCUUAUUCAAUCCCAGAUCUGUGGGGUUUUAACUGCCAACUUCACAGCGCAUCAGGGGUGCGUUCCUCUGUGUAUGGCUGUGUUCCUCUCAGAGGACGUCGGACAUGCUGUAGCAACUGUGACACGAUGUCAUCGCCGUUCCCAAUCCCAGACCCCCCCCCCCCCCCAGAUCAGUUCACGAGCCGUCUUGUCUGGGGGUCGGGCCACUUAAAUGACCUCCCGGUGAAUCGCUUCCACAUCUCACAGGUAUCUUGAUCUCGUGUUCUGUAUAUUUUCAAUAUGAAGAAAUGAAAAAAAAAAAAUACUCACCGCAUGAAUGAAAAAAAAGAAAAAAAAUACUAUGCAAGUGUUGCAUGAAAUCUGAUUGUUUCUUUUUGAAGAUCUUAUAAGUAAUGCAUUGAUUUACUCUGUUUUGUCCUGCGGUGAUGGCCUCGUCUUUUACGGCUUUUCACAAAAACACGGCACCUGCCCAUCCCACCACUCGACACGUUCCCCUUCUCGAUCCGACCCGUUUGAGAUAAUCCUGAGGGCAUCUGGUACCUUCAAGGACCGCAGGGGUGUGCGUCCAUCCCGAAGGUAUUGUGUAGGUCGAUGGAAAGACUAAAUUGUAGUUGAUGCACUUUUUAAACAAUUCUAAACUAGUAGCCCUGUAUUUCCUAACCCUGGUUAUAAAAUGUUUUUGACUUCUAAUCAAAUUAUUUAAUCAAACCCUGCAUGAGUUAGUUCACUACUUAGAUAUUACCACUCGAUUUUGCCAGAUUAUGUUUUUCAAUGCGGACCAAUUUAGUAAUCGAUAAGGAAAAGUUGAGGUUUUUCAAUUUACCAAGCACAAUUUGUACAAGGGUUACUAUUUAGUUUCCUACGUCUUUUUUCCGUAUGCAAUACUAAGCCUAACAGCGAAAGACUUAAAACGCCUUAGAACAUCUGGACAUCCUCUUUUGUGUAAGUAGAAGAAAAAAUAUACAAUUGCACUAUUUUCUUUGGGACGAUUGCUUUGUAAUGCAAUAACUGCACUAAAUAUAACCACGUUAUCGACCAAUUUUCCACUGCGUUUUUCACGCAUCUUCCCUCGAUCCAACAUGUACAAACGAAAACAUGUCCUGCCUGACGCUGUAUAGAAUGCUUUCUAUUGGAAAAUAGAUUUACACAGCUAAGUGAAAUACAAUUUAUGUGAAAUAAACAUGA